AUGCCUUCCGACGAUCUCCCCGAGAUCGCCAAAAAGGCCCUCGAGAAAGGCUUCCACGUUCAAGUCUUGUUCAUCAACAAGACCAGCGCCAGCCAAGAGCCUAAAGCAACAAUCAACUACAAGCAGCUGGCUUUGAAGAAGACCAUUGACCAGGUGACACUGGAAGAUGUACGAACGUACCUGGGCAAGAAGAUUGACUCCAAGUGGUCAUUCUGUCUUGAGAACUGUGCUGUUGUUGACGAGACGAACGCGUUGCUUUACUACCUGACACUCAGCAGUGUCAAUGCAACCCAGCUGCAGGCUUUUGUGCCCAAGAAAGAUGAAGGGCCGGUUGGAACGGCUACUCUUCCCGUCCUGACGGCUUACAUGUGCGUUGAGGAUGCCAUGGCCCCAGUUCCAAGGUCGGCUCUAGGAUGGGGAGCAACCUGGGCGGAGAAUAACAAAGCGGAUACAACGCUCACGGACCGAAGCAAGUCCCAGAUCGCAGCUCCAGCCCUUUCGGCGAGUCAUCAAGCAAACUACGCUGCUGAAAGUGUCGGGUGGGCGGGUGCCCGGAGUGAAAACACUUUGCCAAGUGCUGCCGGUAUGCUUGACUGUGUUGUCGACUUUGCCAACAAGGACUGGGACAAGAUCAUGAUGCUCAACAAACUCCUCUACGCCUUCGACGUCCGUGGCAAGCAGCUUCAGAUCACCAGCGCUCGACUUCCAGCGUUUGAGCUGGUGUAUAGCAAGAAAGGAUCAUCUACAGCACAUUUGCAGCCCUUUGUCGAGAUCCAGGACACGCCACACAUUGACAUUACCGAAGUCAGCACGGAGUUCCAAAGCUCGUUGGCCGACAACGCCUUCUCCUCCAAGGCCGUCGAGACAAUGGUAAGUGGAGGAACGCCACUGGUCUCCGUCAGCGUCUCAGCGGGCAUGAAGUCAGAAUCAUCUCGCGGAACUGCUUCCACCGAAGGCGGCCAGAAGAAAGAGUACCGUGCGACCUACAAUUUCCCCCGUGUGAGGUUGUUCCUGGAUGAGAAUACGCUUCAGGUUUCUGAGUACUGCGACAAGGCUCUGGCGGCGCUGCAAGAGGAGCCUACUCUAGCAAAGCUGGUAGACUUCCAGCGAAGAUUUGGAACCAUCUUUGCUCAGGAAGUUUUGCUGGGCGGUAGACUAGAGAGUACCAAGGCGGCUGACUCUUUCGCAAGUGCAUCCAGCAGUACCGCGAAGGAAGACUUCAAGGCAUCCGUGGGUGCAGCAGUUUCUUACGGUCUGGGCGCUGCAUCAGUGAAAGGCUCUACCGAAACCCAGACGGGCCACGACCAGACCUCAAACAACCAGCGAGGUAACUCGGCAAUUUCGUUCACAGCCCGUGGUGGUGAUACUCUUCUUUGCGCCGAUCCUGCUGCUUGGGCGGCUACUGUUGCUGUAUGGCGGAACUGGAGGGUUAUUCAGCAAGAUGAACCGGUAUCUCUGCAAGCUUUGCUUGGUCGCUUCAAGAAAUAUGCUUUCGUUCCAAACCUCUUCGCACAGAUUCUGAAGGACGCGCCGAAGCAACCAGACCCUGUUCCUGCUCCUAUCGAGCUGCCAAAAUUCGACGCAAACAAGCCGUGGACAGAGGGCAGCAAGAUCCGUCUCUGGAUUGGGUCAAACACGGUCUUGUGGCCCCUGUCAGUCAGGGACGGUGACCCCAACAAUGAGGCUGCUGGCCGCAAGCGUAACCUCUCUGAAGACUACCCCCUGUUUCUCUUCAAGGGCGACGCACGCCAGGCCCCUGGCAGAGAUGCGAGCACGAUUUUCGUCAACAAGACCAACGGCGAACUCGUUCCACAGCAGGAGAACCGGGGCCCUAAUCGGUUCUCUUUCCGCAAGUUGGAAUCAAGUGGUAGAUGGAAGCCAUUGAAUGGAUCCACCAUCAAGAACGGUGACAAGGUGACCCUUUGGUGCCAUUCGCUCGGCCAAGGCGGCUGGAAGAGCCUGGACGACGCCCCGGAGUCAGCUGUUCAGGCCAUGUACAACAAGGAUGUUAGGUUCAACGUUCCGAGCCAGACAUUCACGGCUGUCAACGGCUACGCACCCGCCAUUUUCACCGUCGAGUAUAUUGAUGCCGAGUCCCUCCUUCGCCCCUUCAGAACCAGCAAUCUAGACAGAAAGGCUGUCAGCGAGGAAGUCAGGGCCAAGAUGCUGAGCCCGUUGACUCCCAGCGCACUGCAAGGACAAGGUCUCGGCUACAUCUACAUUCUCCGGUCACAAAUGGACCUGAGUACAGCGUCGGUGUUGAAGAUUGGUUUCUCCAACUAUCAUCCUGAACACCGUGCGAAUGAGCUCGCGAGCUGCAUUCCGGUAACUGAGGUAGUGGCUCACACCCCGUUGCUUCCUCAUGCGAUGCGUGUCGAGGCCAUGAUCCAUGCCGAACUCGCGGCCAAACGAAAGGUCUUGGCAUGCGGCCAGUGCGGACAGGAUUACAGAGAGUGGUUUGAGAUCUCGCAUGCCGAAUCUCGGGAGGUCAUCAUCAAAUGGAGCAAAUGGAUGCUGGGCCAGCCCUAUCUCGAAGGCAUCCUUUCUGACGAGUGGCGGGCCUACUUGCGAGAGCAAGAUUUCAGCACUGCCGACCCUGAAACGGCCAUUUCCAGGCAGUGGAUGGAGAUCCUGAACGAUUUCCCCCGUAAUGUCGCCGAUAUGUCGCAGCAAAAACAGUUGGCGACGUACGUCAACACCUGUUACUUUGAAGAUGUCAGCCAUAGAGCUCUGGGCCUGAAAACAGGACACGGAGCCAGCAUUCGUGAGGCAUUUCAACGUGGCACGGAUGGCGGGCCUCUUGAAAUCAAUGAUUUCAUGAUGGCACCAGCCGACUUUGAUUCUUUUUCUUCAAAGUUUCCAGCGGUUUUCGACGUCGGAACUACAGCCGACUGUGAGCAGGAGUUCCUUGAUGCACGAGAAGCACAACUAUUCGAAGAGAUGGAACGCCUCAGAAACCUGCAGACCGGCAGCAUAUCGGUUAGUGACCCAGUUCUUGGGAAAACCGAGUCGCCCAUGGGUGACGCAACCCUGUUGCCGGUUGUGUCUCUGGAGGCCUUCAAGCUACCAAAGGCUUUUUGCAAGGCCAACAAGUCCAAGCUAUCAGGGGGAUUCGUUGCUAAGAUGAAAGAGGGCCAUCAUUCAAGCUCGACGAAGUUGCCCCAGGGACAGAAUCAGCCCCAAAAGACCGGAAGGCCCCAGAAAAGCACCGGCGACACGCCUAACGGGUCGCGCCGCGAUACAGUCCGGUUUCUGCGAUUUAAAGACUCCGAUACGUGGGAAUUCAGCUCUGUACUCGAUGACGACUUCAUAAAAAGAACGAAAGAGGUGAUGGAAGUCAUGAAGACACCGCUUGGUAGAGCCUUAGUGGAGAAGGAAGCACAACGGACUUUUCGACAUUAUGGACUCAACUUUUCUGGCACAUACGAGGCCGAGACAUCGUCAAAUAGCAGUGACAGUGACCCUGAUGAGAUGGACAUUGACCAAAUGGACAUCGACGAGCUAGAAGUCCAACCAGGGGCUAAAGGACCGACCAGUGGAGAGCCACUCAAGGAUCCAACUUCACAACAGAAAGAAUGGCCCAAGAUCAAACUCAAUUUCUCGAAAGGGACAUCCUUGUAUGAAGCCAUGGUCCUUGAAUGUCUCGAUGGGCCGCGAGCCGACAAAUUGCACCUCCAAUUCCUCAUCUUUCAAAGCCUUGGGAGACCAUUGGUCAUCAAAGUACUAGGGCAAGAAUGUAAAGUGCCUUACAUGCUGGGUUCCGUCUUGCUCAAACUCCUUUUCUUCGCAAACCCCGGAGAACGCUUCCGGAAACCCAGCAGCUCCAGAGUCGCAGAACUGUGGGGUCUUUUGGUCAAACACGUACCUCAAGGCGAUCAAAUUGAGUUUCCCUAUGACUUCAGGGGGUCGCAGAGGGUUCAUUGGACACUUCUUUCCUCCUCGUUCUGCAGUGGCAAGUAUCUCUUCCUCCCUGAGAAUGACGAAGCGGGUGGCGAAGAGAAUUUCACUCCAUCUUGCUUGGAUGAAUUCCCAACUGACACCCUCCUGGAAUGCGACAAGGCUCUCAUCUGGCUCUCAUGCCGCUAUAGAGAACUCUGUCUAUUUCAUCACAUCCAAGAGGCUGCUAACCAGCUUACUCAAAAGCCUACACCCGAUGUCAACCUGGUUUAUUGUAUUUUGAUCAUCUUGAGAAUCAGCAUGGCAAACGACAAACUUGAAAACGCCCUUCAGACGUGCGACGAUUCCCGCAAAAAGAACGUCAUCAAGGAUCAUGUUGAUCGGAGAAGGCGAGGCCGUGUGGCCCUCUGGGUCUACGCAUCUAUCAUUAUCUCCAAAAUCCCGUCCUGGACAAACUUCUGGGAAAACCUGCCCUGGUCAAUCGAUAUCUUCAGGGAUUCAGGUUUCUUGAAACGAUUUUCCGAUAGCUUGGACACGUUUGACGUCGAGGGAUGCAAGGCGUCAACAUCCGCCUUCAACAGCAAGAAGGCCAUCUUCCAACGCCUAUCAUUUUUGGAUCAACUUCCUCCACAUGAAAACGACCCCGAAGAUCAGGAUUUCAUCGAGAAGCUAUGGGCACGAAUUUUGACCAAUACACCAGAGGGUGUUGAGCAGCUCAGACGUGUGCUCUCCGACAACUCGAGCGGCUCAACUGAUGGGGUAGUAGCCCAGUAUGAAUUGGACGAAGCUGGGAGAGUCUUCCUUCCCGAGACCGAUGAAGACCAGAAAGCGGCGAUACAUAAAGUCUUCGGUAUCCUCAUGUCCCUCAGGAUGAUGCCGAUUGACAGGGAUGAGUUUGUUCAACACGAGGAGUUUGAAUGGCUCGCCCGCGUUAUUGAACUCUUCCAACUCCGCCUUGGACUCGGAGAUCAUGAGAACUCUGCCACAGUUCGGCAUCACGCGCAUACGCCCAUUCCUUCUCGUGCCGAGUUACGUGAGUACAUGCGUACACCGAAAUGCAUCAAAGCCUCGAAACGCUGGAAGGAACUCGCUCACGUCCUCGGCGACGGCAUCCUUCUCACUGGGAAAGGAGAUAACGAUACCCAUUGCUUUCUUGAUAUUGCGACUGUGGUUGAGUAUGGACAAGACGCAGAGUUUUCUCGUCUUAAGCGGCUCCUGCAGGUGAAAGGGUCGUGGCUGAAGGCGAUAUGUGCCAAACUCAGCGGUCUCGUUCAAGCCCUCAGAGAACUCCCAUAUCCCACACAGGACUUGGAGAGAACUAUAGACUUCUAUAGGCAAGCCCACAUCGUGACUUCUGAUAUCAUUGGGGAGCCUGUCUUGCCCGACAUCGGCGAGUCUUCUCAUAGGCACCUUGUAAGUAUGUAUCUAUUGUUGCUAAGAUAUGGCUUCAUGCUCUCUCGCUCCAAGGUCAACGAGCGUUAUCGGAUUAUCUGGGACAUCUUGGAGGAGAGCAUUGAUCAGGCCAGGACCGACAUACUCGAGGGAAAAGUCAUCCUUGAAGACACCUGUUUGCACCCGGCCGAUGGCUUAUCCCGGGCUUUUGAGGAGGUUGUGGAAAGGUUUAUGGCUCGGUACGUGGAUACGUUGGGAGAAGAUACCAGGGACCGAGAUGAUGCUGUAGCCGAUAUGGAAACACGCAUCCUUUGGGUACUAGCAGAUGGUUUUAUUAUUUUGCAAGGGGGCCUGCGUGAGGACUUGACGAGCACGAGUUUGUUUGAGUCAGUUUUUGCAGAUUGA